CCUUUGAUUUUAUUACAGGGUGGAGGAGGGCGCGGCGAAGUGAGACCCAUGACAAGUGGAGGAGGGCGCGGCGAAGUGAGACCCAUGACAAGUGGAGGAGGGCGUGGCGAAGUGAGACCCAUGACAAGUGGAGGAGGGCGUGGCGAAGUGAGACCCAUGACAAGUGGAGGAGGGCGUGGCGAAGUGAGACCCAUGACAAGUGGAGGAGGGCGUGACGAAGUGAGACCCAUGACAAGUGGAGGAGGAGUAAGGCCCACGACUGGUGAGAGGGACACUGCCCACGAGACCCCUGGAUCACCACACGCUGCAGAACUGACAGGAGAAGAAAUUGUCGUCAGGAAUGAGGGUUCUGGUGGGCGUCGUGAGGGCGGGGGAGGAUGGAACGAUGGUGGCACAAGAGGAGAAGUUGAUGGACACGGAGAACACGGAGGAGACGCCACAAAGGCCAAGGAGACGUGUCCAGUGAUCCGUCUACUAGUGCUGGGAGGACAUGGUGUUGGCAAAUCAGCCAUCACGGUGCGGUACCUCACUCGCCGCUUCAUAGGAGAAUACAAAUCUCAAGUCGACAUCAUCUACCGACAGUCUCUCCAGGUAGAUGGGAUGAAGGUCGACCUUGAGAUUAUCGACAUCUCCUCCAGGCCGGGCGAUAAUACGCUGCCGACGUUGGAGAUAUGUCAAUGUGACUGUUACCUGGUGGUGUACAGUGUGGCCGAGAGACACACCUUCCUCACGGCUAAUCAGCUACUUCAUGCUAUCUUCAAGCUCCGUCCACACCUGCCUCGUCCACCAAUUACCUUACUGGGAAACAAACAAGAUCUAGAGCAUUCGCGACAGGUCACACCGGAGGAGGGGCAAACUACCUCGAGUGUCUUCGGCUGUGCCUUCGCCGAGGUGUCUGUGGCGGAGACGAGCGAGGAUAUCGUCCCUAUCUUCAGCUCUCUCAUCAGGAGGGCCAGAACCACCAGCUGUCUCUGUCCACGCUUCCCAUCCCUCCUACUUGAGCCUGCCGUGUGCUCCUCCUCCUGCCAACACACCUUCUUCGUGGGCAGUUACUCCUGUAGGCGCUGUGGCUGCCCAGGAAGCCCUCACAGCAAAAGCGCUUCCAAAGGUAGAAAUAUGAGUCCACCUUCACGUAGUGUAUCUGAAGGAAACGGAAAAAUUCUUCAUCAGAGUGUUAGUGGAGAGACCAGUGUAGUCAAGAGGCAAGACAGCGAGAGAACAAAUAAAAGAGUUAGUCGCGGUAACAUUAAAAAGUUGGCUGUUCGAUCAAACAGCUCACCACUACACGGCUCCCAAAAUAUAUCUAAAGUUAAGGACAAACCACAAAGACAGUCAUCAACUCCCUCAGCGUCGAGGACUGUGGCAGACAACACUGGCCAACACUCGCCGAGACAAGUUAAACAGGAAACUGAAAAGGAGACCAUAUUGAAAUCUUCCGAGUCAGCAGCUCCUGUACACGCGCCUCUGUCAAGGUCUUUAAGUUCUCCUGAAGCUUGGAGUGAGAGUCGGUCCUGUGACGAAGACUCUCCUCCUAAGCCAAAGACUGAUCCUGUAAAAGAAUCUAAGAGGGAGAAAUUUUUCGCCUCUCUGAAGGGACAAGAGUCCAGUCUUUCGCUGCUCUCAAGAGGGAGGUCGUUUAUCCUGGAUAGUAAAAGAUCCGAGACAAAUCCUGAAUGUUCUUGUCGGACUCGCACCAGAUCCUUCAAGAGCAGCGGUAAGGUAGAGAUAGUCAACAUUAAGAAACCCGAGACUAAACUGUGCAGUAAAGACGAACAUCAUAAACCAGAAGCUGGUGUUGGAGCUUCACUUCAACAAGAUAAAUGGUCAUCAAAAUUUUCUGGAGCAAGAUUAUCCAAAAAGGACUUUAACAAUACUCAACCAAGCAUUCUGGAGGAAAACCAAACCCAGUCGUCCUCUCUCUCUCUGUCUGGGGCGUGGAGGACCCCGCGCUCACCAAAGAGAUUUCCAUUGGAUCCUCUGGAGGCCGGGACAGUUGACGAUGAUUGUCCUUCCCCUACGAGUGGUCGUCAGAGAAAGUUCUCCGUCUUUGGCGUAGGAAGGGCACUGGGGAACUUCCUCUCUAAGGGCUCAUUGCCAGAUCUGCCUCGAGCUACUGCCAACAUCUGUGACAAGUUCGGUUCCCUUAAACGGACGAUCAAGAAGAGGUCGGUGUGAGAGUGUGUCUGUCGAGGGGCCUCGGACUUUAUCCUCAGGGCGCGGUGUUGAGUCAUGCACACGCCUCCGCCUAACACUGCCUCUCUCUGUGAUAUGUUGUAAAUAUUGUAACUUACUCGUCUCUCCUGAACAUAGAAUCUCUUGUAAAGUUCUUUUCGGUGGAGGCGACCCAAAAAAUAUUUAUGAGUGCAAAGUAAUUGAAUUCUUAGACAUUACGACUGAUAUUAUAAGUAACUAUAUGAACCUUAUACAGAGGUUGGUUAUGCUACUGUGUACAUUGUAUAAGUAAUGAUAACGUCUAUUGUUUUAUAUCAAAUGUCUGUUUAGUAUGUUAUAGUUAUUUAUCUAUUUUUAUGGUCAAAUAGGACAUUACUGAUACAGUCUGAGAUGAAUAAAGAUAACAAGGAGGAUUAU